CAAAUGUGGCUGUUUAGAAGGAAAGCAGCGUCUGGGUUCUCAGCUUCUUCUACGGCUGAGGAAGUUACUCAAGGAAUUGUUGGCACUGGCCUAACCGCCAUCGUCACAGGGGCUUCAAGUGGUAUUGGCACUGACACUGCACGUGUACUUGCGCUGCGAGGUGUCCAUGUAGUUAUGGGGGUCAGGAACUUGACUGCUGGCAGGGAAGUUCAACAAACAUUAGUUAAGCAAAACCCCACUGCAAAAAUUGCUGCAAUGGAAGUAGACCUGAGUUCAAUGGCAUCAGUGAGUAAAUUUGCUGCUGAUUUCAAGUCCUCCGGUCUUCCCCUGAACAUCCUCAUUAACAAUGCAAGAAUCAUGGCUAUGCCAUUCAUGCUUUCAAAAGAUGGCAUAAAAUUACAAUUCGUGACAAAUCACAUAGCACACUUUCUCCUAACAAAUCUAUUGUUGGAAACCAUGAAGAAAUCAGCACAUGAAAGUAAGAUAGAAGGAAGAAUUGUAAAUGUCUCAUCCCACCGUCACAAAUUCUCAUAUCUCGAAGGGAUUCGAUUUGACAAAAUCAAUGAUCAAUCAGAGUACAAUAGUUUAUCUACAUAUAGUCAGUUAAAACUUGCCAAUAUCUUGCAUGCUAAUGAACUUGCAAGAUGUUUAAAGGAAGAUCAAGUGACCAUAACUGGAAAUUCACUUCACCCUGGUGCGAUUGCAACCAACAUUUUUUGCCAUCACAGCCUCAUUAGUGGUCUUGUUGGUGUUUUUGGUAAAUACGUCAAUAAAAAUGUAGAGCAGGGGGCAGCAACUACAUGCUAUGUUGCAUUGCAUCCCCAAGUUGAGGGAAAGACUGGCCUCUAUUUUGUCGAUAGAAAUGUAGCUGAAACAAGCGUACAAGUUAGUGAUAGUGAGUUGGCAAGGAUGCUGUGCGAUUUUAGCUCGAGUUUGGUCAAUAUUUAUCUUCAUAGAGUUCAAUGAAAAUCAUGCUCCUCCAA